GGAUGUCCCUCUCAAAAUUUAUAUGUCCUUGGUCCCAUAUAAGAACUUCCAACAAAAAGGAGUAUCUUCCUUAAGUAGAGUUAUAUACUGGCAAAGGUUAUAAACGAAUAGAAACCCUCCUUUUUUAGUGAUUUUUUUUUUUUCCUUUUUUGUGACAAAAUGUCAGAACAAGAAAUAAUUGCCGAAGAUACCUCCAACACAAAUGCUGAAUCGGAAGUGGACGAACAGGCGGAACUCCUGGAGAAGAAAACGGCACAGGAACUGUUCGACAUGGGGACCCUAGAAUUUAAGGAGAACAAAAACUUCGACGUUGCAGCGGAGAGAUUUUCCAUGGCCGUGGAGAAGAAAGUGAAAGAAUUAAACGCAGAAGGGAGCAUCCACGUCGACUUGUGUGAAUACUACCUGUCCUUUGCUGACGCCCUGCUGACCAAGGAAGAAGAGAAAAACGAUCUUUUCGAGUUCUUGAAAAAAAGGAAAAAAAUCGAGGUGUCCGACACGGAGGAGGAUUCAGCUGAGAAGGAAGAAGUCACGGACGAGCAGCUUGCCUUUGAGAUGUUCGAAUUUGCAAGAAAAUGUUACGAACUCCUAGUGGAAGAGAAGAAGGAGGAGGUGUCGAAGAAGGACAUUUUGAAUUACACCUACGUGUUUAUUCGCCUUGGGGACAUCAGCUUAUUGAACCACUUUUUCGAGGAGGCCUUGAAGGAGUACCAAAAGUGCGUGGAGCUGCGGGAGAAGCACAAGGUGGGAGAUGAGAACCUGAUCGCCCCCCUGAUCUCCCUGUCGCAGAGCUACAUGUUCUGUGGAAAGAGAAAAGAAGCUGUGGAGUAUUUCGAAAAGGUAAAGAAGAUCCUGCUGGACGUGCGACAGAAAACCACCCCGCUGCCUGACAACACAAACGAGAAGAUUAUACGGGACACAUACGACGAUGUGCAAAUACAAAUUAAUGACUUGAAGAGACAAAUAGAGGAGGAGGGCGAGGAAGGAAAGGAGUUGGGAAGCCAAACCAUUGCCAAGGAGUUGGUGGUCACGACAAAGUCCGAAUUCGACAAGGCCGUGCUGAACAAGGAAAACAACGAAGUUACCAAAAUCACCAUUUCCACGGUGAAUGAUGACGAGCAGGGAACCAAGAGAAGAAGGAUCAACUUGUCUAAUUAUAAGAAUUAGACAGAAGUGAUCUGCCCCACAGGCUGAGAGCAAGUGUGUGCAAUGUGCUCAACGUGUGCAGAGGCGGAGAAGCAAGCGGGGAGGUACGAGGUACACACAUUCACCCGAACCCGAAGUGUUUACAUGUCUUGCAGAAGUGUAGAGCGCGCUUCCGUUCUGCGUCGAGCGGUUUCGAUUGCUCCUUAAGGGGAACGAAAUCAGGGAGUACCAGCAUAUCGCAGCAUAGCGUAUAGCAUAACGUUCAGCAUAACGUACAGCACAACGCACAGCAUAACGUAGCGACGGUGUUCCCCUCCCCCCCCAUGUGGUGCCGCUAAAAUUAGGUAUAAAGUGACCCGCGCGCCUUUUUUGACUCACCAUUGUGACUAGCCAUUUUGACUCACCAUUUUGACUAGCCAUUUUGACUCACCAUGUUGACUAGCCAUUUUGACUCGCCAUUUUUGUCUUGAUUUUUUUUCAAUGCGUUCGCGCAGGCAUACAUGCUUACACACAUGCUUACGUGUACGUUACGUGCAUACAUACGUACAGUACACGCGCCUUUUUCCCCCCCUGCACGCGAAAGGAGGCACACAAAACGUGUGCACGAAGAAAAGAUGGAGAUGCUCUUAUGUGCACACGCACUGGGCGCGCACUUCCUUGUUUUGCGCCCCCCGCGUCUUCCAUUUCGUAAAGUCACUGGCAUAUGCCCUCCGCGUUUAUCCACGUGUUACGACUAUGUAUCCGUGCACCGUUCACACGUAACAG